AUGAGCGGAAAUAAUAUUAAGGUUGUCGUCCGUUGUCGACCUUUAAACUCGAGAGAAAAGGCUCGAGGAGCACCUGUGCUUAUUCGCAUGGAAGGCAAUAAAACAAUCAUUAGCAAACCAGUCACUCCAGGUCAAAAACCAAUGGAUGAAUCCAAAGCAUUUACGUUUGAUCAAUCUUACUGGUCAGCUGAUAAAGACGAUGAUGAAUAUGCAGAUCAAGAAAGAGUGUAUAAUGAUCUGGGAAGAGAGUUAUUGGAUCAUGCAUUCAAUGGUUAUAAUUGCUGUAUUUUCGCCUACGGUCAAACUGGUUCUGGUAAAUCCUACUCCAUGAUGGGUUAUGGUGAGGAUAAAGGUAUCAUUCCCAGAACUUGUUAUGAACUAUUUGACAGAGUCAGAGAUAAAAAGACUUCAACACUGGAUUUUCAAGUCGAAGUCUCUUAUAUCGAAAUCUAUAACGAAAAAGUCCGUGAUCUUUUAAAUCCUCAAAACAAGAGCAAUUUAAAAGUAAGAGAACAUCCCGUCUUGGGUCCUUAUGUUCAAGAUCUUUCUCGUUUAGCUGUCAACUCAUUCGAUGAUAUCGAUCGUCUCAUGGAUGAAGGAAAUAAAGCAAGAACAGUCGCUGCCACCAACAUGAACGAAACAUCCUCUCGUUCUCAUGCUGUAUUUACUAUCUUUGUUACUCAGAAAAUUAUGGACCCCGCCACAAAAUUAGUCGCUGAGAAAGUCGCUCGUAUCAGUCUUGUCGAUUUAGCCGGUAGUGAACGUGCCAAUAGUACUGGCGCUACAGGUCAAAGACUUAAAGAAGGUGCCAACAUCAAUAAAUCUUUAACUACACUCGGUAAAGUCAUUGCUGGUUUGGCUGAGGCUGCUUCUGCUCCCGAACCUAAAAAAGGCUCCAAAAAACCUAAAGAAGUUCAUGUCCCCUUCCGUGAUUCCGUCCUGACCUGGUUAUUAAAAGAUUCCUUGGGUGGUAAUUCAAAAACAUGUAUGAUUGCCGCUAUUUCACCAGCCGAUUAUGACGAAACUAUCAGUACACUUCGAUAUGCAGAUCAAGCCAAAAAGAUCAAGACAAAGGCUGUCGUGAACGAAGAUCCCAACGCCAAGGUCAUGCGAGAAUUAAAAGACGAAGUCGAUGCAUUACGUCAAGCUUUAAUGGUUUAUGCACCCGAAGAAGUAGAGAAAAUCACAGCCAUUGCUCGACCUGUCAAAGGUAACGCAGCAGCCGCAGCAGCUGCAGCCGCUGCAAAUAAACGACCUCCUCUGGCAAGCCAAAAAUCAAAAACUUUAGCAUUACCUGCUCCCAACAACCCAGCUACUUCCAAAUCCACCGUUGUAUUCACCGACGCUUUAGGUAACACAACACAAUUAACCAAAGAUGAAAUGGUAGACCAGUUACAAAUGACCGAGAAAUUACUGGGAGAUCUAAACCAGACUUGGGAAGAGAAACUAAAUAACACUGAAAAAAUUCAUAUCGAACGAGAAACCACCUUGAAGAAUUUAGGUAUCACCAUUGAAAAGAAUGCGGUGGGUCUUUAUACUCCUAAAGGCAUACCUUACUUGAUUAACCUCAACGAAGAUCCUCUCAUGUCCGAAUGCUUAAUGUACAAUAUCAAACCAGGUAUCACUCACGUCGAUCGUGGCGUCGUCGAGAACGAACUUGCCACCGUCGAAAUCGAAAGAAAUGACGGCAGUGGUUCCAUUCGUCUCAGUGGCACCAAUAUCAAUGAAAACCAUUGUUAUUUCGAAAAUACAGAUGAUAUCGUCACCUUGUUCCCUCGCUUGGAUUGUACCACCAUGGUCAAUGGUAUGCGUAUCUCUGAACCCAAACGUUUAAAGAGCGGUUAUCGUAUCAUCUUGGGUGACCACCACGUCUUUCGUUUCAAUAACCCCGGUGAAGCUCUUAAAGAACGAGACAACACCCAACAAGACCUCGUCGAUUCAAGCCCUCCUUCCCCUAUCUCGUCCGAAAAAGACGGCUUUCUUUCCCCAGCGGUGGGUGGUUCUGAAGUGAUGGAUUGGAAUUUUGCUCGUCGUGAAGCCAUGUUAAAUACCUACAUCAAUGACUCCAACUUUGGAAAUUUCACCAAUGAAGAUCUCGAUAAAUUAUUUGAUGAUGUAGCAAAAGUUCGUGUGAUCCGUAAACGUCAAUCCACCUCAUCCGAUACACUUUCUCGUCGAACCUCUUCUUCUUCCUCCGUACGUCGUAGCACCUAUUCAACUACCGCUUCCUCUGUAUUCAUGGAUGAUUUGGAUGGUGAUUAUACUACUGAUUCCAGUACUAUCUCUUCCAGUUCAUCCACCUCAAGUACACGUGGUGAUAACAUCAUCUUAUUAGCCAAAGACGAACAAGAAAUUCAAAUGGAACACCAUCGUCGAAAAUACGAAGCAAGAUUACGUCGAUUAUCUUACCGUAUUUCCUACAUGAACAACCAAAGUCCACUUAGUUUCACACCCCACGAAAGAAAACUCGCUUUGAACGUCGUUAGCUUUUGGAAACGUCAACGUAACGUUGCCAUGGCAAAAGCUAUCCUGAACAACGAUCUUCAAUUACGUCAAGCCAAUGCCAUGGCUGCCAAAUUGAAAAAGGAAGUCUUUUAUCAGUUUGCUGUCAUUCAUGAUAAUACCUCAGCUGUCUCCGUCUCCCAUUGGGAUCAACACCCUCAACAAGGUCAAAAAAAUAUCGAUAUCGAUCUCUUGAAGGCUGCUAAACCUUGCAUUGGCAUUCAAGUCGUCGACCAAAAACAUCAAUCCAUCUAUAUCUGGUCCGUUGAAAAAUUCUUGGCUCGCUUCAGAUACCUUCAAGGUGCUUAUUAUGCCUCUGACCUGAAGAAACACAUGAAGGGCGAGGAUCUUUACUAUGAAACCACGACCCCUCCCUCUUACGUCUUGGCAGGUCUUGCUACCGUCCCCUUGCGUAAUUUAGCUACGCAAGUACCCGUCGAAAGCACUUUGGCAAUCCAUUGUCAUAACACGGGUCAAUUAAGAGGUACUUUACGUGUCUUGAUUGCUCCUAUUGCUCGUUCUGUACGUCACCCUUAUCGAUCCGACCCCAGUGAGGAUGGUCAAUCUUCUGUCUCUAGCGAGGACGAAAAUCCACGAAGUUUAUUACACGUAGGACAACAACUUGUAUUUGAGAUCUCCAUUAUUGAACUCAUAGGUGUCAUGGACCCCAAAGAAUUCUCUCAUGUCCAUGCUCAAUUCCGUCUAUCUACCUUUGGUAAUAAUCUCGAUGGCGUAUUUGCUUCGGACCCUGUCCCUUAUACAAAGGAAAAACCCAUCGUUUUCAAUUACCAUCAGACUUUAUCCAUGGCCAUCACUCAGGAUAUCCUUCAAAUCAUCGAGACGAAAUCUAUCGCCUUUGAGGUCUUUGCUAAACCCCAGAAAGAAUUCAUCGAGAACUUGUCUCCCAUCUCUACCCCUGUGGAUACCGAAGUGACUCCUGUGACCAAGACCCAAGAUGUCAUUGCUCAUAUUCAAAUCUGUGAAAUCACACCCGAUGGUGAUUAUAAACCUGUCCCUGUUGAAUCCCUAUCGAACAGCAACAACAGCAGCAAUAAUAACAAUACGAAUGCCGAACCUUCUAGUAACGAUGUAUUUUCUUUACAACAAGGUCAACAACGUCGUGUUAUCAUCUCGUUAAAACAUCAAGGUGAAGAGACCAGAGUGAUGCCUUUACUCGAGAAAAUAUCCGAUAUGCGUAUUGGUCAAAUCCGUUUAAUCGAUGGUAAAAACAGACCGGUGGAACAACCUCAGACGGGUGAACUCUCGCUCAAUUUGAUCUCUUCCACAUCUACACCCAGUCAUAUCACAGUGAAUGGCGCCUGGGAUAGUUCUCUUCACGAUACACUGCUCUUGAAUGCCAUUACGCCCAAUAACCACAAGGUUAUCUUGACCUUGAGCUGGACCGUACGUACCACUUCGGGUGAAGCCAUUCGUUUUGAAAAGGAGUUGUAUGUUCAUAUCAAGGACCAGAGCAAAGCUGCCAACAUUAAAAAGAAAUCAGCUUCUGCCAAUCCCAAUAAACGAGGUUCGGUCAUUUUAAAUUUCUUUUCCCUCAAGUCGAUCCAAAUCAAGAGCCAAGUGACUUGCUUGUUCGCUAUCCAUUGUAAACCCGACCUCUAUAGCAAUAUGAAGGCCCUCGUCUUACAACCAUUACCUGCUCAUAUCUUGGAUAUCUAUCACCGUCAUCGACCCUUGAUGACGCGACGACAACAAGUAGAUGACAUGCGAUACACGGUGUUCUUGGCAGAACAACUGGAUCGUAUGUGUAAUGUGGAACCCGUUCCUUGUGAAUCUCCAACAUUGGAUGCUCAGUCUAUUGUGAAUAUUUGGUCUCAAACCAAAAAGACAACAACAACAGCAACAUCACUUGUUGAAAUUGCACCACCGGUUCAACCCAGUAUCCAAAAAUGGGUUUCUAAAGUCUCCCAAAUUAUUAUUUCAGAAGAUUGUAAAUCUAAAAAGGCCUUCUUGUCACGCAGAAAUGAUGCAGAUGGAAAAGCAUGGGACAAGUACUGGUGUUCUUUGAUGGGGUAA